GACAUAAAAAGCUAAAUGACUCACCACUGUCACACUCCCGCCAGGAAUCAGUCCACUGUGUCGGCAUCCAGGAGUCUGUCUUCCUUCGUGUUUGGAGCUUCACAGUCUCAGGGCGUGAGAAAGUGGACUAUGAGGAUGCUCGCGCGGCUUGUCUUUGGACUCUUUGUCCUCAAAGCGGUGGUGGCCGGCCCCAGAUUCUCCAGACAAGCUGACACGGACUCAUACGACAGCGCCAACUAUGAUGUGGAAAUAGAUCUCUUAGAGAACCAGGAGAACUACGACUACGAAGAAGGGCUGACCGAAGAUCCUCCGAUAGAGAUUGGAACACUGGCCCCACCCGACCAAAGCUACGAAGUACAACCGGCCUCAAUGGAAGAAGAAGAACAGCCCGAAGAAGAGGAGGAGGAGGAGGAGGAGGAACAGGAGGAAGAGAUGCCCUUAAUAACCCAGCUGGUCCCUCAGGGUUCAGGAGGGUCCGGGGUCCUCAUGGGCCCUGACACACAGAAAGAGGUGGAGCUGCGUCUGACGCCUAUUGACAUCCUUCAUGUCUCCGGUGAUUUCGGGGGCUCUGUAGGGUCCGGGACCUCGGGAGCUUCUGGGGUCUCUGGGUCGGGAGGUUCAGGAGACUCACUGGUCUCUGGCAACUCUGAGGGUUCUGGUGACAUUGUGCUGAUCUCAGGAGCCUCAGAGGAGCUUAUUAGCUCAGGGGGAUCUGGGGAAUUCUUGGUAGGCGGGGAUCUCUUGAUAUCUGGGGAUGCCUCAGGGUCAGGGGCGGCCUCUGGAGGGGUUCCCAUUGAACUCCCCCUGGGCUCUGGAGGGUCUGGGGACCAGUCUGGUUCUGGGUUCUCCGGAGAUCUCUCGAUCUCAGGGACUUCUGGAAGCUCUGGGGUUUCCGGGUCUGGUGAGUCCGGGGACUCAGGGAUAACAUUUAUAUCCGGAGAGGAGGAGCUGCCCCUCAUUCCCGGCACUGUACCCAGCGAGGCAUCCGGUGCUUCCGGGGAGUUCUCGGGAGCUUCAGGAACCUCAGGGGCCUCUGGUGAUUUCUCUGGAGACUCAGGGGCUUCUGGGACUUCUGGUGCCUCUGGUUCUGGAGAUGAGCCUGAGGUAACGCUGAUCCCUGACGUUAAAGAGGAGGGGCUGCUCCCGACCACACCAGAAACCCCUCAGGAGGGUGCUGGUGGUGUAGCAGGGUCAGGGAGCUCUGGGAUGCCAGAGCCCGGUGAGCCUGACGAGCCCGAUGAGCCUGUGAUUGACAGGAAAGGUAUGCCCACUUGCUUGCUGUGCACGUGCCUUGGUGGUUCGGUCUACUGUGACGACUUGAAGCUGGAUAGUGUGCCACCUCUCCCCAAAGACACCACUCACUUCUACGCCCGCUACAACAGAAUCACCAAGAUCAACAAGUCCGACUUCGCCUCCAUGAACAAGCUGAAGAAGAUCGACCUCACCGCCAACGAGAUAAAGAGCGUGGAUGACCGGGCGUUUAUGGGCCUGCCUGAGCUGGAGGAGCUGGUGAUCCGGGAGAAUCAUAUCUCACAGCUGCCUACUCUCCCAGAGACCAUGACCCUCAUCGAUGCCAGCCAAAACGACGUUAGCACCAAGGGGAUCCACAAAGAGGCGUUCAAAGAUAUGACCAGCCUGCUGUACCUGUACCUAACAGACAACAACAUUGACUACAUCCCCGUGCCUCUACCAGACAGCCUGCGAUCUCUACACCUACAACGUAACAACAUUCAAAUGAUGCACGAGGACACGUUCUGCAACCUGAAAGAUUUCAACUACAUCAGAAACGCACUGGAGGACAUCCGUCUGGACGGCAACCCCAUCAACCUCAGCAGGACCCCGCAGGCGUACGUCUGCCUGCCCCGCAUACCCAUCGGGGCUCUCAUCUAACCACACAGACACAUACCACACACAAUUUGUACAUAUUUAAACACACACACACAGAACACACACAGAACACACACACACACACACACAUAAUUCAUGGCUUCUCAAAGUGUCAGUUAAUCACGACUUUGUUGAUCAAACUGUCACGUGUGCUGCUGAUUCAGACGGAUCAGUAAAUCUGUGACACACCUACAAUAUGGGUAAACAACCAUUGAUAACUAGUUCCCUCACCUGUUAAGACUCACACACACACACACAUUCAAACACACACUCACACACACGUAUACACUAGAACUUUCUAAAGAGCCAGACAGCCUGAUAAAGAGGGAUCAACACGAGGCAUUCGGAGACGACGUUUAUUAAAACCUCUCACGUGUACGUUUCCGUCUGUCUGUUCACGACUGGAAAAUAAAGAACAUCCAGUAAAAAUGUUUGAAAAUGUUUUUCUUUUGUAAAAAUAAUAAUAUUAAUGACAAAUCUAACUUUGUUUGGAAAUGUAUACUAGCAUAAACUUAUUGAAGCUGGAGGCGGAUUAAGUAUCUAAUGCAAUAAAGACGCAUUUAAACACA